UUAUAAAACGCGGAUUAUUUUUGAGUCCAAGCAUUCGUGGCUGUUGACUGGUGCCUUGCAGGUUACUGGAGAUAUUCGAGCACAAAAUGGCUAAAACUAAAACAAUUAGCAAAGGGUGCCCGAAAUGUGAACAACAGGUCCCUGUGGCCUGCAAGGCCUGCCCAUGUGGGCACUCAUUUUUUAAUGCGCGCAGGAGUUCUAUCAAGAGCCCACCAAGCCCCGACGGGGGUGUAAUGAAAACUAGACGGACGAAUCGCAUUAAGCGUGAAAAACCAAAUUACUACGAUGCUUUAGAAUAUGACAAACAGACACGAAAAAGUGCCAAGAUCAAACGAGCCACAGAAUCAGGAACAGAUAUUGACUGCAGACAACUUAAUAAAAAAAGAAAAAGACGAGGAAAAGGAAAAGGCAAAAGUGGAGGAAGUGUCGGAGCAGGGGAUGAUGAUGAAGAAACCGAAGGGGUUAGUGCACUUUCACCAGAUAAACAACUCACCUGUUCACUCAUCUUACAAGAAUUGAAUAACAAAAUGGGCAUGGUAGCAUGGAAGCCAUGAGGUAUGUGUCGCGUUGUAUGAAAUACAUCUACUCACAGAUAUCAAAUGAGCUGAGGUUUAGGACUGCGAGAGCAACGUAACUUUUCUUGUGUCAGUUUCACAUUGUUGCUUUAAAUCUAUUUAGUAUCUAUUCCAUGACCAUUAUUUUUGGAAUAGUGUUUUAAUCGCGAGUCAGGUGUAAAGAUGGUCGAUCGCGUAUGACCGGUAGCUGGCAGUGGAAGAAUUUAUGAGUAUUGUGAUGUUUUUUUUAAUUUUCUUUCGUCUACUAUACAAAAAGUCCCUCCUUUUCAGCAAUGAAAAAGAUAUGGACUAACUGAUCAAUCAAUCACCACUAAAAACUGUUCUCUUAGUAGCAUUGUAAUACAAUGCGUCUGGAUAACACAUGAAGUCUGAUUUUUUAAAUUCAGGUGUUAUAGUAUGACAUGCCUCAUACCUCAAAAGUGGUUAUUAGAAAAACUUUGUGAAACUCAAGUUGUAAAUUUCAAACUCAUUAGCUGAAUGAAUACAUAUCGUAUAAAAAUAUGAUUAUGGUUACAACUACGCCACCUAUAAUUCAAUAUUUUUCUUGAUUUGUACGUUAUUCCGUGGGUUGCAAAUCGUUGACUUGUAAACAGCUAUUCUGAUGAAUGUUAACUCCUCAAACAUUCAACAGUGGUAGUCCUGAAUGAUUUCGAUAAUCGGAAAACUUGAGAUUUGCUUCUAACGUUCUUCGUAAAAUCGUAAGAUCAAUAAUCACAGCAAAGACCAGACUGGGACUAUAGAAUUUUCAUUGUACGCAGUAACUUCAGAGCAAGUAUCUCGGGUUUUUCUGUUCGCUUGGUUUUUUUUUUUCUGCUUAUGUUCACAUUUGAGGUAUCUAACCGAUCGUGGUUCUACAUUUCGCUAAAUAAUAAGAUCGUUAGACGAGCUCUCACUAGAUGUUCUGUUUUGGCUUUGUCAGACAUAAAGUACUGAACAAAGAGAUUCUGUUUUUCUGAUUCAGACCUCGUAAAUAGCUCGUCAGUGUUGAAUUCCCUUGUAUAAUGUUGUGAUGUACUAUAAUACCUGAAUGUAUGCAAGUCUUUUUUGGGUCAAGGACAAUUUCAAUAAGUUGUUAAAAUUAAUUUCAUUAUAUUUUAUUUCUCAUCAGUGCUUGAUUCAAUUGUGAUCCAAAUAUCUGAACGUUCGUUAUCAGACUUGGUUGGCUGAUAUUAUUAAAUUGGAUAAUGUAUAAAAUACUGUGAAGAUGGGAUAUACCAAAUACUAGGUAUAACAUACGACGUACUUUUGGUAGACAAUAAUUCAUUUAUGACUAACAACAAAACAAUACUUUAUCUUGUGCAACUCUAUCCAUGCAUUUUCAAAUAAAUGCAACUCUAUUGAAAACUUAUUAAUAAUAAAUGUUGAUUUCAGUUUUAUAUUUUUAUGUCAAUAUAAAUAAAUACUAUCAUACAAUGUAAGAAUAACUAUGAAUUAUGGAGUACUUUCGAAUUAUGUUUCUUAGACUGUUUUACCACAAUUGUUGAUCUAGAAGGCGAGAUAUUUUUGCUGAAUAAAUAUGCUGUGAUAAACUACAA